AUGGACCUAUUAAGAGAAUUUAGACACGAUGUUGAGAAGAGUGCAAGAAAGCUAAUCAAAUUCGGCAAUAAUAUUAUAUACUACAGGAAUGCAACCUUGAAGGAUAAUCUCUACAUCGAAGGGUUCACUUUAGAGCAGGUAGGAGACUUCCAGUUAUUGCAGGGAGUUGACACAAACGAAAAAAUAAUAUGCAUAGUGAAAUUAGGAUGUAACAGUAACAUGUGUUACUUUACAAUGAAAGGAAUUUUCUUCUUCAAGUUAUUGUUCAGACGCACAAAAGAGCGCCUAAACAUGCAUGUGACCCAUAUUGACGUACGCAUGCAACACAUGGUCUAGCGCCCAGGAUGAUGAAGAUAAACUGCAGGGUUUCGAGAGCAAAAUAUUAAGGAAAAUAUAUGGAACGUUACACAAUAAUGACUUGGAACGAUUUGAAAGAAAAACUAAUGAAAACCUGAAUCAGCUGUUCAAUAAGCCGAGUCUACGUCAUUUCUUAGUCAAAAAGAGGUUAGAAUGGGCUGCAGGACACAUCUGGCGAGCCGAGGGCUCGCUCAUUAAAAAAGUUGCGGAAGACAAGCUAACGGGAAAAAGACCAAGAGGCAGGCCUUGGCAGAAACGGUAUGACAGGAGAAAAAGAUCUAAAAAAGUCAAUCCAUUGCUGGAUAUGAGACCGGCAUUGGAUAGAGAGAGGUGGAAAAGCAUUUUAGAAGCGCCGAUGUCCUAA